UCUCUAGCAGCGCUGAAGGUCCCUCCUGGUGAGAGGAUGGCAGUGCUCAAGCAGCUGUCACUCCUGCUCUGGAAGAACUACACUUUGCAGAAGCGGAAGGUUCUGGUGACGGCCCUGGAACUCCUCCUGCCCUUGCUGUUUUCCGGGAUCCUGAUUUGGCUUCGCUUGAAGAUCCAGUCGGAGAAUGUACCCAAAGCCACCAUAUACCCCAGCCAGUCAAUCCGGGAGCUGCCCCUGUUCUUCAGCUUUCCUCCUCCAGGAGAUGCCUGGGAGCUGGCCUACAUCCCCUCCCAGAGUGACGCUGUGAAGACCAUCACAGAGACAGCUAAAAGGGCGUUGGUGAUCAACAUGAAAGUUCGUGGCUUUCCCUCGGAGAAGGACUUUGAGGACUACAUCAAGUAUGACAACCGCUCCUCCAACGUGCUGGCCGCCGUGGUGUUCGAGCACACCUUCAACCACAGCAAGGACCCCCUGCCCCUGGAGGUGAAAUAUCACUUACGGUUCAGUUACACACGAAGAAAUUACAUGUGGACCCAAACAGGCUCCUUUUUCCUGAAAGAGACAGAGGGAUGGCACACCACUUCCCUUUUUCCACUUUUCCCACACCCAGGACCAAGGGAACCUGCAUCCCCUGAUGGUGGAGAACCUGGGUACAUCCGAGAAGGCUUCCUGGCUGUGCAGCACGCUGUGGACAGAGCCAUCAUGCAGUACCACACAAACGCCUCCACGCAUCAGCUGUUUGAGAAGCUCACUGUGAUAGCAAAGAGAUUCCCAUACCCGCCUUUCAUUUCGGACCCCUUUCUGGUCGCCAUCCAGUACCAGCUCCCCCUGCUGCUCAUGCUGAGUUUUAUUUACACCUCACUCACCAUCAUCCGGGCUGUCGUGCAGGAAAAGGAGCGGAAACUGAAGGAGUACAUGCGCAUGAUGGGGCUCAGCAGCUGGCUGCACUGGACUGCAUGGUUCCUGCUCUUCUUCCUCUUCCUCCUUAUCGCAGUCUCCUUCAUGACCCUGCUCUUCUGUGUCAAGGUGAAGAAGGACGUGGCAGUGCUCGCACACAGCGACCCCUCACUGGUGCUGGUCUUCCUGGCCUGCUUUGCCAUCUCCUCCAUCUCCUUCAGCUUCAUGGUCAGCACCUUCUUCAGCAAAGCCAACAUGGCAGCAGCCAUUGGGGGCUGCCUAUACUUCUUUACAUACAUCCCCUACUUCUUCGUUGCUCCUCGAUACAACUGGAUGACUCUUAGCCAGAAGCUCUUCUCCUGUCUCCUGUCCAAUGUCGCCAUGGCAAUGGGAGCCCAGCUCAUAGGAAAAUUUGAAGCAAAAGGCACUGGCAUCCAGUGGCGAGAGCUCCUGAGUCCCGUCAACGUGGAUGACGACUUCUCCUUUGGGCAAGUGCUGGGCAUGCUGCUGUUGGACUCCGUCCUUUAUGGCCUGGUGACCUGGUACGUGGAGGCCAUCCUCCCGGGGCAGUUCGGUGUGCCCCAGCCCUGGUACUUCUUCAUCAUGCCCUCGUAUUGGUGUGGGCAUCCAAGAACGGUUUUAGGGAAAGAGGAAGAAGACCAGGACCCCGAGAAAGCCCUCAGGACAGAGUACUUUGAAGCUGAGCCAGAGAGCCUGGUGGCCGGGAUCAAGAUCAAGCACAUAUCCAAGGUGUUCAAAGUGGGGAACAAGAGCAAGGCAGCCGUCAGAGACCUGAACCUGAACCUGUAUGAAGGGCAGAUUACUGUCCUACUUGGCCACAAUGGUGCAGGAAAGACCACUACCCUCUCAAUGCUCACAGGUCUUUUUCCCCCAACCAGUGGGCGGGCAUACAUCAAUGGGUAUGAAAUUUCACAAGACAUGGUUCAGAUCCGGAGGAGCCUGGGCCUGUGCCCACAGCACGAUGUCCUGUUUGACAACCUGACAGUUGCAGAACACCUGUAUUUCUAUGCUCAGCUGAAAGGCUUGUCCUGCCAGAAGUGCCCUGAAGAAGUCAAACAGAUGCUGCACAUCCUUAGUCUGGAGGACAAGCGGGACUCCCGGUGCAAGUUCCUGAGCGGGGGGAUGAAGCGCAAGCUGUCCAUCGGCAUCGCCCUCAUAGCGGGCUCCAAGGUGCUGAUGCUGGACGAGCCCACCUCAGGCAUGGAUGCCGUCUCCAGAAGGGCCAUCUGGGACCUUCUUCAACAGCAGAAAAGUGGCCGCACUAUCCUGCUGACCACCCAUUUCAUGGAUGAGGCUGACCUGCUUGGGGACCGCAUUGCCAUCAUGGCCAAGGGGGAGCUGCAGUGCUGUGGGUCCUCACUGUUCCUCAAACAGAAAUAUGGUGCAGGCUACCACAUGACACUGGUGAAGGAGCCGCACUGCAACCCAGAGGGCAUCUCCCGGCUGGUCCACCACCACGUCCCCAACGCUUCCCUAGAGAGCAGCGCCGGAGCAGAGUUGUCAUUCAUUCUUCCCAAAGAGAGCACUCACAGGUUUGAGAGUCUUUUUACUAAACUGGAGAAGAAGCAGAAGGAGCUGGGCAUUGCCAGCUUUGGGGCCUCUGUCACAACCAUGGAGGAAGUCUUCUUACGGGUUGGUAAGCUGGUAGACACCAGCAUGGACAUCCAGGCCAUCCAGCUGCCUGCCCUGAAGUACCAGCACGAGAGGCGAGCAAGUGACUGGGCAGUGGACAGUAAUCUGUGCGGGACGAUGGACCCAACUGAUGGCAUCGGCGCCCUGAUCGAGGAGGACUGCACCACCAUCAAGCUCAACACAGGGCUCACCCUCUACUGCCAGCAGUUCUUGGCCAUGUUCCUGAAGAAGGCCACAUACAGCUGGCGGGAAUGGAAGAUGGUAGCAGCCCAGGUCCUGGUCCCUGUGAUGUGCAUUACCCUGGCCCUCCUGUCCAUCAACUACUCUUCCGAGAUCUUUGACGACCCCAUCCUGAAGCUGACCUUGGGCGAGUACGGCAGAACCGUUGUGCCCUUCUCAGUUCCUGGGACCUCUCGGCUAGAUCAGCAGCUAUCUGAGCAUUUGAAGGACAUGCUGCAGGCUGAGGGCCAGGAGCCCCGUGAAGUGUUGGGUGACCUGGAGGAGUUCCUGAUUUUCAGAGCCUCGGUGGAAGGGGGAGGCUUUAACGAGCGGUGCCUGGUGGCAGCAUCCUUCAGAGAUGUCGGCGAGCGGACAGUUAUCACCGCCCUAUUCAACAACCAGGCAUACCACUCCCCAGCCACUGCACUGGCCAUUGUGGACAACCUCCUCUUCAAGCUGCUGUGCGGCCCUUGGGCCUCCAUCACAGUCUCUAACUACCCCCAGCCCCGGAGCGCACUGCAGGCCGCCAAGGACCAAUUCAGCGAGGGCCGGAAAGGAUUUGACAUCGCCCUCAACUUGCUCUUCGCCAUGGCAUUCUUGGCCAGCACAUUUUCCAUCCUGGCAGUCAGCGAGAGGGCUGUCCAGGCCAAGCAUGUCCAGUUUGUGAGUGGAGUCCACGUGGCCACUUUCUGGCUCUCAGCUCUGCUGUGGGACCUCAUCUCCUUCCUCAUCCCCACUCUGCUGCUGCUGGUGGUGUUCAAAGCCUUUGAUGUGCAUGCCUUCACACGGGAUGGCCAUGUGGCCGACACCCUGCUGCUGCUCAUGCUCUACGGCUGGGCCAUCAUACCCCUCAUGUAUCUGAUGAACUUCUUUUUCUCGGGGGCGGCCACUGCCUACACGAGGCUGACCAUAUUCAACAUCCUGUCAGGCAUCGCCACCUUCCUCAUGGUCACCAUCAUGCGCAUCCCAGCGGUAAAAUUAGAAGAACUUUCUAGAACUCUGGACCACAUGUUCCUGGUGCUGCCCAACCACUGUCUAGGAAUGGCGGUCAGCAGCUUCUAUGAGAACUACGAGACCAGGAGGUACUGUACCUCCUCCGAGGUGGCUGCCCACUACUGCAGGAAAUACAACAUCCAGUACCAAGAGAAUUUCUAUGCGUGGAGUACCCCGGGGAUCGGCAGGUUUGUGACCUCCAUGGCUGUCUCAGGGUUUGCCUACCUCAUCCUGCUCUUCCUCAUUGAGACCGACCUGCUGUGGAGGCUGAAGACCUGCAUCUGUGCCCUCCGGAGGAGGCGGGAGCUGAUGGAAGUGUACACACGGUCAUCAGCGCUUCCCGGGGACCAGGAUGUGGCGGACGAGAGGAACCGAAUCCUGGCCCCCAGCCUGGUCUCCCCACUAGACAUACCUCUGGUCAUCAAGGAGCUCUGCAAGGUGUAUGAGCAGCGGAUACCCCUCUUUGCCGUGGACAAGAUCUCCCUUGCAGUCCAGAAAGGGGAGUGCUUCGGGCUGCUGGGUUUCAACGGAGCUGGGAAAACCACCACUUUCAAAAUGCUGACCGGGGAGGAGACCAUCACUUCUGGCGAUGCCUUUGUUGGGGGCUACAGCAUCAGCUCAGACAUCAGGAAGGUGCGACAGCGGAUUGGUUACUGCCCCCAGUUUGAUGCCCUGCUGGACCACAUGACAGGCCGGGAGACACUGGUCAUGUAUGCCCGACUUCGAGGCAUCCCCGAGCGCCACAUCAGUGCCUGUGUGGAGAAUACACUCCGGGGGCUGCUCCUGGAGCCGCAUGCCAACAAGCUGGUCAGGACUUACAGUGGUGGCAACAAGCGGAAGCUGAGCACUGGCAUUGCCCUACUUGGAGAGCCUGCAGUCAUCUUCCUGGAUGAACCGUCCACUGGCAUGGACCCCGUGGCCCGGCGCCUGCUCUGGGACACCGUGGCAAGGGCACGUGAAUCCGGCAAGGCCAUCGUCAUCACCUCCCAUAGCAUGGAGGAAUGUGAGGCCUUGUGCACCCGGCUGGCCAUCAUGGUGCAGGGUCAGUUCAAGUGCCUGGGCAGCCCGCAGCACCUCAAGAGCAAGUUUGGCAGUGGCUACUCCCUGCAGGCCAAGGUCAGGAGCGACGGGCAGCAGGAGGCACUGCAGGAGUUCAAGGCAUUUGUGGACCUGACCUUCCCAGGCAGUGUCCUGGAAGAUGAGCACCAAGGGAUGGUCCAUUACCACCUGCCUGGUGAUGACCUCAGUUGGGCAAAGGUCUUUGGUAUCCUGGAAAAGGCCAAGGAGAAGUAUGGAGUGGACGACUACUCUGUGAGCCAGAUCUCACUGGAGCAAGUCUUCCUGAGCUUCGCCCACCUGCAGCCACCUGCCGAGGAUGAGGGGCCAUGAGGAGCCUGGCAGAGGUGGGAUGAGGGGGAGCACAGGUGGAUGUCCUCUCCCUCCAAGUUCAUCUUAUCCUGCACCUAUAUUUCUAAUCACUGUUUUCUAUAAUGGAUAUGAAAAUCAAGGCACAAUAUGGACUGGGUGUAUCAGUGCCUUCACACCAGGAAUCAGCAUGCGAACAUCCGCAUCUAAGGUGGUCGCCAAACCCUACUCCCAGAAGUCAAGAUCCCAACCAAGAGUGGGUCCAGCAUUGUGUAGGCAGGCUGCAGGGUCUUUGGGGAGAGCUGGCCAGAAAGGGGCCACAGCUUCCCUAGGGAGUGAAUUUCCCUAUGAACUUGUGAGGAGAGCACUCAGUGACAUCUCCAUGUUCACACAUGGCACAGAGCUUCUCUAGGUGUGAAAUGGGAAACGGCUGGACAGUUGGCAGCAGGGCUCGCCAGACUGCCCAGAAUGGACAGAAAGGUCGCCUGUCGCCAUCCAUGAAGGAGAUGCCAGCUGUGAUUAGGCACUGAGGGUCUUGGCUUCCAGUAUAGCUGAGGGCAUCCUGAGAGUCCAUGCUCUUCAGAGUGUGGCGGCUACGCCGGGCAGAGCUGACCCUUCGACUGGCACCAUCCCAGCAGCAUCUUCCAGUGUUGGCCAGCGCCGGGUGGGAAGGCAAUCCUCCGUUCCAGACCCUGGCCUUCUGAGAAGCCACCAGCCAAGAGGCCAGUCAGGGACUGAGCGGCCAUCUAUGGAGGAUGUACUGAACAUAUGGUGACUGAAAAUAAAGGCUGGAAGGGAACAUGACCACAGUCUGUGAGUCACACACAAGAUAGGGGUCACAGGUCCAGUAACUCACCCCAAGUCCUAACACAAGCUUUCUGUGUCAAGUUUCAGACCAAGAAAAGCAAGAGCUCAUUUUUCCCAGUAUGUGGUAAACUUACAGAACUCACUGUCAUAAGGUGAAGGAAUA